ACAUUACACGGGUGUAAAAAUGUUGAAAUCGCAUUUCAAUCUAAAACAUGAUGAGGAGAACGCUGAAGAAGCAGCUUCAGCCACACACCCUGAAGAAUACGAAUCGAUCAUUGAGAGCCCCAAGAAGAGUGAGAUAGAACUAAAGCCUGAACGAAAACUCCAUUCGGCCGAGAUAUGUUCGCGAUUGAGUGUACUUGGUAGAACUGCUGAGGGAGAUGGUUAUGCAUACCUAAAGGUCAAUUGCAACGGAAUGAAUCUAACAGAUGUGGGUGCACUAAGAUCGUUCAAGCACUUACAGUAUGUUGAUGUUUCAAACAACAAUCUGGACCUAAAAAGCCUGCAAGUUCUAACAGAAUUACCAUAUCUUCUACUCAUUCAUGCUGACAAAAAUAACAUACACUCAGCAGCAUUAAAUAAGAUGAAAUAUUUGCAAGUUAUCAUUUUCAAUCAUAAUCAAAUACCUAGUGUACAUGAUGUUUUCCAACCAGAACUUAGUACUUUAGAGGUCGGUUACAAUAAAAUACAAAGAAUUAACUUUGAGAAUACAAUGCCGACGUUAAAAUGUUUAGAUUUCCGUUAUAAUUUCAUCAAUGACAUUUCCAAUCUGGACUUUCCAAAUUUGGACAGCCUUUAUUUGGCAGGAAAUAAGAUAACGAGUUUAGUCGGGAUAGAACGACUUCAUAACUUAAGAAUACUUCAUGUGAGAAACAAUCCUAUUAAGCAUCUAAACGGAUUCGAACCUGAACUCUCGAAGCUCCAGUAUGUUAACUUGAGGAACAGCAAAGUGGCAACAUUGAAACAAGUCAAAAAGUUAAGGGUAUUGCCAGCUCUAGAAACACUUAUACUGAAAGGAUGUCCAUAUUUGGGAGGUACUGGCACUGAGAGCCCAGAAACAGCUGCUGAGGAGGAAGACCCAGAGCUAAGGAUAGAAGUCUUAGCUGCUCUACCGAAGCUUAAGAGAUUUAAUAAAGGUGUUGUUGCACCUGAAGAAAGAAAAGAAGCAAAUGAGUUAAUGAAACAGUGGCUAGAAGAAGGAGAGAUGGAUAUUGAGGAAAUUGAUGAGGAGACUGGUGAACAAGAGUCGCAGAACGAUUAACAUAUUUCAAAUUUAAUACAUUGAGAUAUUAGGUUUCAUAAGAUUUUAAAUAAAUAUAAUUUAUUUUGUGUGUUUAAUAAAUUAAUUAUUAUUAAACAUAAUUCAUUGUGUCUUCUAUCACAUUUAUCAUGGAGAAUAUUUCGAAGUGCUGUUUCACCUGAUUCCUGCCACCAAAUUCCACCUUCGCACGACACACCAAUAAAUAGGAUAUCACCCCCACCAUCUGGAUGUGUGGCUGAUAUAUACACUUUUUAAUUUUAUUAAUAAUUGUAAUUUGAUGUAUUUCUUUUAUACCUACUUUGUAUUAAAAGAGGACUAAUUUCGAAAUUACAAAAAUAAAAAUUCUUACAUUCCUCUGAUAUUGGAGAGUUUCUAAUGACCCAUACACUCGCCUUUUCU